AGGAAGUGGUUUGCACAGCUUCCCCUGUCACAGGUCACUGCUCUGCCAGUGGCUUUGGGCAAGUCCUUCAUCUCUCAGCUGUGACUUCUUGUGUUGUAGCACCUUCUUGACCACCCAGUGCCCCGUUUCCCAGGCAGAGAGGUGGGGAGGACGAGGGCGCUGCCUGGCUAGGAGGCUCAGAGAAGACCCCUGCACAGCGUGAGGGAGGCCCCAGUUAUUUCACUGGCCAUUUCAGCCAAGCCCUCCUGCAUUUCCUGGCCUCCUCUCCCAGCAAGGUACAGGGUCCCCACUCACUGACGGGAGAGCCAUGAAGAAGCGGUACGCAGUGCUGGGCCUGGUGGCCAUUGCCCUGGUGGCUCUCAUCAUUGGCCUCUGCCUCUGGCUGCCCUCAUCCUCCCAGCUUCCCAGCCAUGUGUACCCCAGGGGAGCCGUAGCUGCAGACGCCAAGCACUGCUCAGAGAUUGGGAGGGAUGCCCUGCAGGACGGCGGCUCAGCGGUGGAUGCUGCCAUCGCGGCCCUGCUGUGUGUGGGACUCAUGAACGCCCACAGCAUGGGCAUCGGGGGUGGCCUGUUCCUCACCAUCUACGACAGUGCCACAAGAAAAGCUGAGAUCAUCAACGCCCGAGAGGUGGCCCCUGCGCGGGCCUUCGCCACCAUGUUCAACAGUUCGGAGCAGUCUCAGGAAGGGGGGCUGUCGAUAGCGGUUCCAGGGGAGAUCCGAGGCUACGAGCUGGCGCACCAGCGGCACGGCCGGCUGCCCUGGGCCCGCCUCUUCCAGCCCAGCAUCCAGCUUGCCCGUGAGGGCUUCCCUGUGGGAAAGGGUCUGGCUGCAGCCCUGGAGAGAAGCCGGAGCACCAUCGAGCGGCAACCUGCACUGUGCGAGGUGUUCUGCCGGGACGGAAAGGUAUUGCAGGAAGGGGAGCGAGUGGUCAUGCCAAGGCUGGCCAGCACGUACGAGACGCUGGCCCUCGAAGGCGCCCAGGCCUUCUACAACGGGAGCCUCACAGCCCAGAUCGUCCGGGACAUCCAGGCAGCUGGGGGGAUUGUGACAGCUGAGGACCUGAACAACUACCAUGCUGAGCUGAUCGAGCAGCCACUGAACAUCAGCCUUGGAGACUCUGUGAUUUACACGCCCAGUGCCCCCCUCAGUGGGCCCGUGCUGGCCCUCAUCCUCAACAUCCUCCAGGGGUACAACUUCUCCCAGGCAAGCGUGGAGACCCCUGAGAAGAAGGGCCUGACGUACCACCGCAUUGUGGAGGCCUUCCGGUUUGCCUAUGCCAAGAGGACCCUGCUUGGGGACCCCAAGUUUGUCAAUAUGACUGAGGUGGUCCGCAAUAUGAGCUCCGAGUUUUUUGCCGCCCAGCUCCGGGCACGAAUCUCAGACGACACCACGCACCCCAUCUCCUACUAUGGGCCUGAGUUCUACACGCCUGACGACGGGGGCACAGCACACCUGUCUGUGGUCUCUGAGGAUGGCAGCGCAGUGUCUGCCACCAGCACCAUCAACCUCUACUUCGGCUCCAAGGUCCGCUCUACGGCCAGCGGGAUCCUGUUCAACGACGAGAUGGAUGACUUCAGCUCACCCAGCAUCACCAACCAGUAUGGGGUGCCUCCCUCGCCUGCAAACUUCAUCCAGCCAGGGAAGCAGCCUCUCUCAUCCAUGUGCCCGUCGAUCGUCGUGGGCCGUGACGGCCAGGUCCGCAUGGUGGUGGGCGCCUCUGGUGGCACGCAGAUCACCACAGCCACGGCGUUGGCCAUCAUCCACAGCCUGUGGUUUGGUUAUGACGUGAAGCGGGCAGUGGAGGAGCCCCGGCUGCACAAUCAGCUCCUGCCCAACACUACGACACUGGAGAGACACAUGGACCAGGGAGUGACUGCGGCCCUGGAGAGCCGGCACCACCACAUUGAGUUCACGUCCACCUUCAUCGCUGUGGUGCAGGCCGUUGUCCGCACAGCCAGUGGCUGGGCAGCUGCCUCAGACUCACGGAAAGGCGGGGAGCCUGCCGGCUACUGAGUGUGCAGGGCGGCCAGGCUGGCCCAGGGAUGAGAUGCCUGCCAGGGCCAGGAGCGGGACUUUGGGAGCUUGCUUCCCCUGGGAAUGGCAGAGCAGCACAAUAAAGAGGG